GCGGCGAUGGUGGAGCUAGGCUGAUGGCGGCGCAGGCGGCGCUGCGCUGAGGACGCUCAGGGAGCCCAUCCCCAUCCCGGCCGCUGCCGCCUCGCCAUGGGCAACGAGGCCAGCCUAGAGGGCGGAGGAGCUGAGGGGCAGCUGCCCCUCGGCCCCGCCGCCGGCCCUUCCACGUCGCCCGGGUCCGCCAAGCCGCCUUCAGCACCAGGCAGCGGUGGACAGCUCCCUCCGGGCAGGGCUCCAGCCGCCGCACCGGGCCCCGCGCAGCCGCACGGACCCUCCGCCAGCACACCAAGAAGACCAGAUCAAUCAGACCACUCUUUUGGACAGAGAGCAGCUUCCCCAUCCCUUAAACAGGUUGCCCAGACUAGUGAAAGCACAAGAGAGAUGAAGAGCCAUGGGCAGACAAUUCAACAGGCUGAUGGGCCAAGGAGGACACUCCAAGUGGACAGUAGGAACCAGAGAUCCGGACGUUCACCAUCUGUGUCACCUGAUCGAGGCAGUACCCCUACCUCACCUUAUUCUGUCCCCCAAAUUGCUCCUCUUCCCAGCAGCACUCUCUGUCCUAUAUGCAAGACAACAGAACUCACCUCCUCUCCUAAUCAGCCAAACUUCAACACCUGUACACAGUGUCACAAUAACGUCUGCAACCAAUGUGGAUUCAACCCCAACCCUCACCUGACUGAGGUGAAAGAAUGGUUAUGUUUAAAUUGCCAGAUGCAGAGAGCUUUGGGAAUGGACAUGACCACAGCACCUCGCUCCAAAAGCCAGCAGCAGCUACACUCCCCUUCGCUUUCUCCUUCCCAUUCCCCAGCCAAACAGCCACAACCACAGCCCCAAGUGGCAACUGGUCCAGAAAAACCACCAGGAACUAUGCAGCCAGGCCCCAGGCCAAGUGCUGGUGUCAUGCAGCCUGAGACUCCCAAACAACCCACAGCUUCAGCACGGAAGGAACCACACAGCCAAGUCCAGCCAAAACCUGCUGCUCCUCAGGAAGUGGUGAGAUCUUCCCCUCAGCAUCAACAAGCAAAGCCUUCGUCCGCUGAUCAGAGAAAGACUGUGGGAGACUCCCCAGCUAAGACUCCAGCACCUCCCCCUGGUGCUGGGGCACAAGAGCAAGAGGGCCUCACUGGAAAACUCUUUGGAUUUGGAGCUUCUCUCCUGACCCAGGCAAGCACACUCAUGUCUGUCCAGCCAGAGGCUGCUCCACAAAGUCAACAGUCCCCUGGCAAAGUGCCUCCAAAAAUUGUCUUCAGUGAUGCCAGCAAAGAAGCUGGCCCUAAAGCCCCAGGCACUGCUCCUGGAAUGCAGGGUAAGGCUGGAACUGUCCCAGCUGCAAAGCAAGUGAAAGCAGAACAAGUAACCAAGCCAAAGGAUGUGCCGAAAGAAAGGGUCUUGUGCCCCCUCUGCAAAGCGCAGAUCAAUGUGGGCUCUGGGGAACCCUCCAACUAUAAUACCUGUACAACCUGUAAGCAGCAGGUCUGCAACAUGUGUGGAUUCAACCCAACACCUCAUCUGGUGGAGAAAAACGAAUGGCUGUGUUUGAACUGCCAAACUCAGAGGCUGCUAGAAGGAAGCCUAGGAGACCCUGCUCCAAUGCCACUGCCUGCUCCAAAGCAACAGCCAACUGGAUCCCCUCGACACCAACCUAGUGGAAUUGGUCAGCAACAGAGAGGAGCCCCCCAGCAAGCAACACCCCAGAAACCUGACGCAUCGCCCUCUCAGACCAGGCACCUUUCACAAACAAAACAACUCAGGACUUCAGAACAGAGCAAAUUACCAACCACUGUCCAUGAACAAAAGCCUCCUGCUUCAUCAGAAGGAAAGCCACCCUCCAGAUUACCUGAACAGCCUCCAAAAGUUUCUGAAAGCCCAUUGCCAAAGGGGAAAAGUAUAGCCACAAAGCCAGAAGCAGAUAUUAAAGACAGCACAAUAAUAUAUGAAUCUCCAAAAAUGAGAGAGCAGGAGGAAUCCAGUAAGCCUUAUUCCUCAGACCUGUCCCGUAGCCCCCAAAGCCUGAGUGACACUGGCUACUCAUCUGAUGGCAUCUCCAGCUCCCAGAGUGAGAUCACAGGCUUGGUGCAGCAAGAAGGGGAGCAGCUGAAUGAAACAGGAAUUGUGGAGCAGAGCCCUCCAAGUCCAUCUGAACUCACUAAGCUGGAAAGCAGCAUGCGCCCCCUAUUGGAGUCAAAAGGGUCAACUGAUAGGGUGAAAACAUACCAUGAAUUACGAGAAGACCAGAGACAGAGGCCUCGGUCCCUUUCCAUCACUCCAGAAGCCUUUGAUUCUGAUGAGGAGCUUGAAGAUAUCAUGGAAGAAGAUGAGGACUCUUUAGAAUGGGAGAACCAAAGAGAACAGAGGGACAGCAUGGAGUCAUCAGGUGAAUUUGGCAGCAAGCUGCGCCAUGACUAUGUGGAGGACAGCAGUGAAGGAGGAGGGUUCUCCCCUGUACAAUCUAGGCCGAAAGCCAGAGAGCCCAAAAUGACUGACGAAGAGUUCAUGAGGAGACAGCUCCUGGAGAUGAGUGCAGAAGAAGAUAACCUUGAGGAGGAGGAGGAAGAAUAUGAUCGUGUAAAAUACAGCAUUGCAAAAAAGCCUGACUCUGAAAAAAGCAGAGAGGUUGCUUCAACCAAGAGGCGUUUGCCUCACAGCUCUGGCAGUUUGUAUGAGGAAGAGAGUAAAGAGUUGGACAGUACAGAGGGUGAUGAUAUGACUGCGUCUCAGGGAGGUUUGCGACGCUUCAAGACCAUUGAGUUAAACAGCACUAACAACUAUGGGAGAGACAUGGAAAUUAGCCAGGAGGCAGAUAUCAGCCUGGAUCGAGAACCUGAACUGGAGAUGGAAAGUCUGACAGGCUCCCCAGAAGACAGAUCAAGGGGUGAAUAUUCCUCUACCUUGCCAGCCACGACACCCAGUUACACAUCAGGAACCUCUCCCACCUCCAUUUCUUCCUUGGAGGAGGACAGUGACAGCAGCCCUAGUCGCAGGCAGAGACUGGAAGAGGUUAAACAGCAGCGGAAAGCCCGGCACCGCUCACAUGGUCCUCUGCUUCCAACCAUAGAAGAUUCUUCUGAGGAAGAGGAGCUGCGUGAGGAAGAGGAGUUGUUGAGAGAGCAGGAAAAAAUGCGAGAGGUGGAACAGCAACGCAUCCGAAGUACAGCACGCAAAACUAAACGAGAUAAAGAAGAACUGAGGGCACAGAGGAGGAGAGAGAGAUCCAAAACUCCACCUAGCAAUCUCUCUCCCAUUGAGGAUGCUUCACCCACUGAGGAACUGAGGCAAGCUGCAGAAAUGGAAGAGUUACAUAGGUCUUCCUGUUCAGAAUACUCACCGUCUGUUGACUCAGAAGCAGAGGGAUUUGAUGUCAUUGCCUCCAAGCUGUACAAAUCUGGCAGUGAAUACAGUCUCCCAACAUUUAUGUCCCUUUACUCUCCAACAGAAAAAACUUCUAGUUCUGGUUACCCCUCCAGCAAGCCCCUGAAAAGUGCUGAAGAAGCCUAUGAAGAGAUGAUGAGGAAGGCCGAGAUGUUCCAAAAGCAGCAACCAUCCCAACAAAGUGUCUCCUACAGCAGCACCUUCCAGCAAGUAGGCUAUCGUAGUUCAGAAGGCCCAAAUAAUUUUGAAUACCAGUAUAUAGAUGACUAUGGCUUUGAUAGCCGGAAUGUGGAUUCCUCUCAGUCUGACUACCAGAAUGAACUUUCCAAAUCUGGAGCAGUUUAUGAAGAAAUCCUUCAGACAUCGCAGAAUAUUUCCAGGAUGCAUCAAUCUUCUUCUCUGGAUUUGACUCUGGAACAGGAAGUAAAGAAGAAAGGGAGAGAAGACCCUUAUCAAGAAAAGCAGUUUUUGAAUGCAGAGAGUGCUUAUGAAAGUGGUCCACUUACUCCUGGGACAAGUCCUACACAGCUAUCUGCCCCUGUCUCCUUUUCAUCUACUGAAAGCACUACAGGCAGAAUAAUCCCUGAUGUUCGGGUCACUCAGCAUUUUGCAAAAGAGAGUCAUGAGCACCCAAAACUUCAUAGCUCAGCUACUGCACCCACCUCCGUUUCAAAGAGUAUAAUAACGCCUUACACAUAUGCUAAAGGAUCUAGCACAGUUACCACUGUUGUUUCCAGUCCUGUAAGUGCGCCAAGAAUCUACAGCUCUCCAACUUCUUUAAGUGGCUCAGAGGUGCCAUCUGUGUCCACCACUAGCCGAAGUUACACUCAAACAAAAGUGACAGCAAGUUAUGGCUCUCAAACAGAAAAUAUCACCAGAGUCAAGAGUGUUACAGAGAUCAGUGGGCCUUCAGCAAGAGAGAAACUGCAAAGUAUGACAGAGAGCAAGACAAAUGUAUCCAUGUCAACACCUAAAAUGUAUUCUUACUUCAAAAGCUCCAGCCCCCCACUUUCCCCUUCCUCUCCUACUCAAAGUCCCAUCCAUUCUGCUCCAAGAGUUGUGAUGCCUUCUAGUGCAGGGGUGGGAUCUAAAUCAACUGCUGAGUUUUCCACUCAAACACAUAGCACAAUUAUCUCAUACGAUAUCCCCACUACAACGGCUGCAUCGACGUCUUCUCCUAUGAUAGCCCAAGGAACGCAAACACCCCACCGAUCGAGCUCACCUCGCCUUUCUCGGCAACAGUCAUCACAAGAAUCCCCCUUUAUGGUCAUCACAUUAGCAUCGGACGUGGCCAUUCAAACUAAGCCAAUUGGGGUGAGCUCUUCCAUUUCACCAGCUUCAUCUCCAACUAGGCAGGGCCGUCAGCAAACAGUACACAGUUACAGCCAGACAGUGACCACUGCAGCGCAGCUCCAGCAUGAGCAGCUGCAGUCCAGCUACACCAAGACACCAUCAGUGCUUGAAAAAGCCUCUGCUUCUAGUGCUGCAAUGCAGAAAAUGCAAACCACUACUUCUCCCGACAGCAUUCCUGGUGUGUACAGCUGGGAAAGUCUGCCUGCAGAGAACAUUUCUUUGUGCAGAAUCUCAUCCAUUCCUGGGACAUCUAGAGUAGAGCCUGGACCCAGACAGCCUGGCAGUAAUAUUGUAGAUUUGCGGACUGCUAUAAAGUCAACUCCAAUCAUUAUAACCGACCAAGGCAUGGAUCUUACAUCCCUAGCUACUGAGAGCAGAAAAUAUUGUCUCACUAUGGACCAGUCAUCCAGUCGGCAGUCCACAGCCAUCCAGCCCUUGAUCAUCAAUCUCAAUGCUCAGGAACAGCCUCAUGCAAUCAUCAGCACGGCCACCACAGUCAGCAUCACUGUGGCUUCUUCCAUGCUGGUGUCUCAGCCAAAGCAGCCUUCCGUCUAUGGAGAUCCUUUCCAGAACAGAAUGGACUUUGGUCAAGGGACAGGGAGUGCAGUUUGUCUGACGCAAGUCAAGCAGGUAGAGCAAGCAGUUCAGACUGGCCCCUUCAGAGGAACCGUGAGUGGCACUGGCAUGGCUGCUUCUGGAGGCCGGCCUGAAGCCGUAGGCCCACAGCCAAUGAAAUUUGCACGGUAUAAUUUGCCCAAUCAAAUGACACCUUUGAUGAAAAAAGAUGCUCUGAUUACUCAGACCAGCAGUGCACAGAAUGUUGUUAGUGCCAUUCCCAGACCGUUUCCUCAGGAUCAAAGCUCAGAAGUAUAUAGAGGGGUGCCAGUGGAGCUGAAAACGCAGCCUCCUCCCAUGCCCCUCGGAAGCAAGAAGUCCCAAGUCAUGAUGGUGCAGAUGGAAGAUAUAGCAGCAGGCCCUGUAACAAAACUAAUCAAAGAUGAACCUCCUCCCAAUGCCCUUGACCUCACUGGCAUGAAGCCUGAAAGCCAAGUGGCAUGUUGCGAUGUGGUCUACAAGUUUCCAUUUGCAGGCAGCUGCACUGGAGCUUUCAAUCCUUCUUCCAAGCUGCCAGAAAAAAAUGUUGGGGAUGGCGCUCACGCUGGCAAACCUAGUGGCCAGUACUAUGGAAGCCGAGAACAGGAAGUAGUCGAGGCAUAUCCCUACCGAGAACAAACAGGACCGGGGGCUAAUCCGUAUGAAGAACACAGGUUCUACCCGCAUGGGCUUUUUGGGAGGCUGUAUUCAUCCAUGUCCGACACCAACCUUUCUGAAAUGGGUCUGAACUAUUACCCAGUCAAAGGGCAGCAGCCGUUCCACUCCCCUGCUGGAGAUUCGGCGGUGGAUUUAACAACCAUGAAACAUUCAUACAGCGUCAGCUUUACAGAGGGAAGCUAUAUGGGACAUGGAAUGCAAUACGGCUCUUUCUCUGACCUCAGGCAGCCCACUGAUUUGCUGAGCCAUUCAUACCCAAUACGAAGAUACAGCUCAGCCUCUAAUAUAUACUCUGAUUAUAGGUACUCACCGAGAGCAGACCUGGCUAAUUUUCAAGAAUCCAGUCUGGCUCAUUAUAGUGCCACGACAGCUCGUGAAAUCAGCCGAAUGUGUGCAGCACUCAACUCCAUGGACCAGUAUGGGGGCAGGCACACAAACAGCCCAGAUCUUCUCCAGUAUGGACCUAGUGCUAUAGGAGCUGGGCCAGGAGGGAGUGGAAGCAUCUCCGCUCAGCAGGGUGCCAUGAAACCAAACAUGAUGUACAACCCAAAUUUUCCAGAACCUCGCCCAGGGUUUGGAAACCUAGCCCAAUACAAUCUGUCCAGGAUUGCAGCUGUCAGGCAGGUGCUCCCUUCCACAGCCACUGUAAGAGCUGCUGAUGGCAUGAUUUAUUCAACUAUUAAUACACCAAUAGCAUCAACCCUUCCCAUAACCACCCAACCAGCGUCAGUGCUGCGACCUAUGCUCCGAGGCCUAUACAGACCUUAUGCACAGAGCACCAUCACACCUGUCCCUCUGGCCAGCUUGACCAGAGUGCCUCUUGUUACCCCAAGGAUGCCCCUUGCAGCACAAGGCUUGUAUCGCUAUCCAGUGCCCAGCAGACUCCCAGCAGUCCCAACAACAUCAGUGAUGGAGUCCCCAAUGUAUCUGGGAAAGUCUGCUAGCACCACGGCAUCUAGCACCACAGCCACUAGUGUGAGUUCGGCGCCAGCUUCCAAGCCUUCAGCUCCAAUGCCUGUUAGUGUGCAAAGGCCCGAGCAAACAGGCACUGUCACUCGGGAAGAGUCGCCCUCGACAACCUCUGGAGCACAAGCUACUUCCAGGGAGCCUAGUCAAGGACCCCCACAGCCACCACAAAUACCAGUCCAGAAACAGCAAGUGGAAGUUCCACAAUCCAGCAAAGGGGCCACAGAGAGGGAAGAGAAAGAGAAGGAGGACGAGAGGCAGCGGAAGCAGCAAGAACACAUCCUCCAGAUUGAGAGGGAGAGAGUUGAGAUUGAGAAACUGAGACAGCUGAGGCUCCACGAAGAGCUGGAGAGGGAACGUGUGGAGCUGCAGAGGCACAGGGAGAAGGAGCAGAUGCUGAUGCACCGGGAGAUCCAGGAGCUGCAGUCUAUAAAGCACCAGGUCCUUCAGCAGCAGCAGGAGGAGCGCCAGGCCCAGUUUGCUCUGCAGCGGGAGCAGCUAGCCCAACAGCGCAUGCAGCUGGAGCAGAUCCAGCAACUGCAGCAACAGCUGCAGCAGCAGUUAGAGGAACAGAAGAGACAAAAACCCACCUUUCCUCCAGUGUGUGACCAGGCCGGGAGGAUUCCUCCCCAGGGUGCAUCAGAGGUAGCCGUGGAAAUGCAAAGGACCCUGGCUCAAAAUGGGCAGUACUGGCCACCCCCAACCCAACCCUUUGUGGCUGCCACAGCUCCGGGGCAAGAUGGGCAAGCGCAGCCUCGCUAUCCUGGGCUCCAGAGGCCCCUCACCAACUCAGCCUCUGAAAUGUCACUGCAGAUCGAAGACCAGUGGGAAGCCAGUCGAGGCAUUAAGAAGCGUAACUCUAUGCCACGUCUUCGGGAUGCAUAUGACAAGGAGCCUGGCCAUGAGCCAUAUGUUGUGAAGAAGAUUACAGACAGCAGCGUACAGACGGAUGAGGAGGAUGGUGAAGAGCGCUUCUAUGCAUCCCGGCGGCGCCGUACGCGGCGCAGCACUGAUUGUAGUGUUCAGACAGAUGAGGAAGAUAAUGCCGAGUGGGAACAGCCAGUGCGGCGGCGGCGCUCCCGUUUCACCCGACAUUCAGACUCCAGUGCAGAAAGCAAACAAGACUCCUCCACAAAAGGCAUGGCCAGCAUCGCGAUCCAAACCAUCAGUGACUGUUCUGUGCAAACUGAACCCGACCAGCUCCACAGAGUGUCACCCUCCAUCCACAUCACCACUCCUGACCCCAAGGUGGAGAUAGUGAAGUACAUCUCUGCCCCUGAGAAGACCCAGCGAGGAGAGAGCCUGGCCUGCCAGACGGAGCCAGAAGCUCAUCCCCAGCCAGGCAUUGUGGUCCCUCAACUCACCGUGCCUACAACAAUUACGCCUUACUCCUCCAACAUCCAGAUUGUAAGCACAGGUCCCCUGGAUCCACAUAUAAUCCGACAGCAAGCACUAGUGAAGAAAAAGCCUGACCCAUUGGAAAUUGGAUACCAGUCCCACCUGCCUACAGAUUCUUUGUCUCAACUGGUUUCUCGCCAGCCUCCCAAAUCACCCCAGGUUCUCUAUUCCCCAGUCUCUCCCAUCUCCACUCAUCGACUGCUGGAGUCAUCAUUCACAACCAGUGAAAGGCUCAACAAAGCCCAUGUGACCCCACAGAAGCACUUCACAGCUGAGACUGUCCAGCGUCAGCAAACUCUCCCUCGGCCAAUCAAAACCAUGCAGAGAUCCUUAUCUGAUCCCAAGCCCAUCAGCCCAACAUCAGAGGAGUCUGCAAAGGAUAGGUUCGCCUUGUAUCAGCAUACGUUGCUUGCUGGAAGCCAGAUGUCUGCUCUGCAGUCCAACACCCUCACCCGGAAGGUGAAACGAACGCUGCCCAGUCCCCCACCAGAAGAAGCUCACCUCCCUUUGGCCAGCCAAGCCCACUCACAGAUGUACAUGCCCAGCUUUAUGCAGAAAGGAAUAGGAGCGCAGGCCAUUCAAGUGACAAAAGCCAGCCUUCUCAAAGACAUCGACCGGGACUUGAAGCUGGUAGAGCAUGAGUCUACUAAGCUGCGGAAGAAACAAGCUGAGCUGGAUGAGGAAGAGAAAGAGAUUGAUGCCAAGCUAAAGUACUUGGAACUGGGAAUCCAUCAGAGAAAGGAGUCUUUGUUGAAGGAUCAGAAUGUGCGCGAUUAUCCAUAUCUGCGAUGCCUGGGAGAGAACAGGGAUUACAUGUCUGACAGUGAGCUAAAUAACCUCCGCCUUUCCAGCUACGAGAGUGGCAGUAUCCUGGCUAGACCCAACACUGCUCCUUCUAAUCAAUAUGCGGAUUUCUCCAGCACACAGUACACAUCAGCCUCCUCCUAUACUCCAUAUCAGUAUUCCUCAGGUCAGGGUGCCCCACCAGCUCCAGCCACAUUCCAGCAAACAAGAUUUCAGCCUCCGCAUUAUCCGGCAGGCAGCAGUGGCCCUGCUCAAAAUGGUUUCCAGGCCAGCCAGAUGCCUUCCUAUCCUUCUCAAACUACAUAUCAGCCACACAGCUUCACUCCAAGCACUGGGUAUCAAUCUGAACUGGGCCUGCAGAGCCAUCAAGGCUUCCGGCCCCCCUACCAAGCUCAGACCACGUAUUCCAGCCAGACACCUUUGCAGUCUGCUCAGAACACUCUCUUUCAAGCCCAUGCAGACACACACACAACCUCCCAGAAACCACGCCAGACAUCUCUAGCUGAUUUAGAGCAGAAGAUCCCCACCAAUUAUGAAGUGAUCAGUAAUCCCACUGUGGUGAUUUCUGCUGCAACACCAGAAGUUACAUAUAGCAGUACAACGGUUACCAGCAGCUAUGACCAAUACAAAGUCCCUGAGGGAAGGCCAACAGACCGGAGUGGUGCAGUGCAAAGUCCCUCCACCAGCUAUGCCUCUGACUCUCUCUAUACCAACCUUGAGCAAAACAUUCCUCGGAACUAUGUAAUGAUUGAUGAUAUCAGUGAACUGACCAAAGAGAGCACCGCAGGAGAGGGCCAGAAAGGAGAUCUGAAGUCACAUAGCAGCAAUGGCAGGCAUAUUAAAGAAAAAGGUGACCUGGCAGAUGCAGAUGUUUCCAGUAGGCCUUGCUGCUAUUCUAAAGGAGAAGAAGAGUCAGAGGAAGAUAUGUAUGAUCAUCAUGGCCCUGACCAUCGAGGGAAGAACUAUCACAGGGGCCAAGACAGCAAUGGCAGAAUGGCUGGUAGCUCUGGUUCCUACUACUAUGGAGAUAGUGAUUAUAGACAUUCUUCUCGCCCAGAAAAGCAUGGGUCCAGCAUGGGAAUGCAGAAACAGACUUCCAAAAAUUUGGCUCCAGCUGUCAUCUCUUCCAAGCGCAGCAAGCAUCGGAAGCAAGGUAUGGAGCAGAAGAUAUCCAAAUUCUCCCCUAUAGAAGAAGCCAAAGAUGUGGAAUCAGACCUGGCCUCCUAUACAGUAACCACGUCAGUCAGUAGCAGCAGCGUAGCAUCCAGAGCCAAGAAGCUGCAAGAUGACAUCACUUACGGCCUCAAGAAGAAUGUGUAUGAUCAGCAGAAGUACUAUGGCAUGUCUAGCAGGGAUAUGAUGGAAGAGGACAGUAGAGCAUAUAGUGGUGGACGAUCCAGAUCGUCUGGUUAUGUGUCAGAGAAACUGUCAAGCCGAGAGGUCAGCAGCAGGAGCAGAUCCUAUGAGAGAGAGAGCAUGGAGAGGCCUCCAAAAGGAAGCUCCAAACCUUCUUCUCUUAGUAUGGGUCAGAGUCGUGGGCGACCUCCAAUUCGCACACAGACUUCAGAAGAGGAAAGCCCAAUUAGUCCUCUGGGGAAAUCCAUGGGUGUCUCGCGCUCCUCGGGUGGACCCCUCCCUCAAUCUGCUGGAGACAGCUGCUCCCAAUUCUGCUCCAGUCACUCAUUGCCUGAUGUACAAGAACAUAUCAAAGAUGUGCCAAGAACCCACUCUUACAAGCAUGAUGAAGGUUACAUCAUGGAUGAUUCACACUGUGUUGUUUCAGACAGCGAAGCCUAUCACUUGGGGCAGGAGGAGACAGACUGGUUUGAUAAGCCGAGAGAAACUCGCUCAGAUAGAAUGAGGCAUUAUGGUGGCCACUCCUCAUCCUCCCAGAAGAGGGGUACAGUUAAACAUACCUAUCAUGACUAUGAUGAGCCCCCAGAUGAAGACAUGUGGCAUCACGAUGACUACUCCCACCAGCGUCAUUCCUCUUCCAAAGAUCAUCGACAUCAUGGAGAUUAUGGGAGGCAUACGUCCUCCUCCCGGCACUCCAGUGAUGAUCUGCCAAAGAGAUCAUCUAGGCAACAUCCAAGAGAUCCAGGUCGCCAUGAGUCACGUGGACAUGGACCGCCCUCUUCCCAGAAGAAAGCUCAGCAAGCAGAUAUGAGGACACAGCCAGGUUAUCCACCCAGCUCUUCAGAAUAUUCCCAGCAGUCCCGGCAGCCAUCCGGCUACCAUCAUACCUCAGAGUCCCAGAAACUGCAGAGGCAGGUGCAACAUGGGCCAUCAUCUCAGCAGCCAAAAUCGGAGCCGCUUUCCCAUCAGCAGCAGCAGCAACAGCAGCAAACGAGGCAGCAGCAAGCAGGACAGCAGCAGCAGGCUUCAGCCAGGCAGCAGCAACAGUCAGGCAGACAGCCUCAGCAACACCCAACAGCUCCUUCACAGCAGUCUUCUCAGCAACAGCCCCAGCAAGCCAGGAUGCAACAACAGCCGCAGCAGCCGCAGCAACAGCCACCACCGUCGGGGACCCAAGCCCAACCCUCCACACGGGCAGCCCAGCCUGGGCAGCCCCAGCCAUUAGGCAAAACACAGUCAACCGCCCAAGCACAACCUGGCGCGCACCAGGCAGGACCAAUGAAAACAGAACAGACGGACGCAUCCAAGCCUACCACAAAAGUGCCACAGGUGGGGAGAGCACCCCAAACACAACCACAGGGAACAAUCGCAGGAGGCAUUAAGCUGGGUCCUAAGCCAGCUGGGGCACCCACCUCUGCUGGUGCAGCAGCUGGUCAGCCAGGAGCAGAAGGAGAGAGCGUCUUCUCCAAAAUUCUGCCAGGAGGUGCAGCGGAGCAAGCAGGCAAAUUGACAGAAGCUGUGUCUGCUUUUGGCAAAAAAUUCACAUCGUUUUGGUGAGAAAACGCCACCAGGAGUUUUGGAGAUAUCAUGAAGAUCACAUCACUUCAGUGGAAAAACCUAUGAAGAAUACAAUGAAUUCAGUCUGCUGCUCCGGACUCUGGGUAUAAGACUUUUGAAACCAUGGAAAACCACUAGGCCGUGGGACUGAAGGUGGAAGAGGUGUUUACACAUACAUUUGCCUGUGGAUCCCAUAAGAAAUUCCUUGAGGACAUCUGAGCCAAUUAUCACAAAGGGCUUUCAGAAGCCACCUGUUGUCGACAGCAUGGUCUAUGUUAUGUGAGCCCGGUGGGGUGAAGGCAGAUCCAUGAUCUGAGGCAUCCUGUAGAGAAAAGUUUACAGAACAUGGGCCCAUUCCAACUUGUCACACAGGCUGGCUGCUCCUGGAUGCUGGAGAAGAUGUCUGGGACUCCGGGGGACUAUUCAGUGCUGUGGCUCCGUUUGUGCCUAAGGUCUAACUUUGGGAGCCAUGGCCAGUUCUUGAGAUUAUACACAGAGUUUCUCUCUUACUGAAUUUUAACUCUAGACUCUUCAUAGGUUUUUCCUGCCGUCCAAGAUGUGCUUGAAUCGAGGGCUGGGAGCGGGAUGCUCCGUUCUCCUUCACAUUCCAGUUUGCCCUGUCAAUUCGUCUACAUGCACAGUGUUUGUUCCCUCUCGUCGUCCCUGCAGUGGAAAGCUUGGGACGUAGAGAACUUUGACUAGGACCUAACACUGUUUCACUACUGAGAUAAGAGGCCAUAGGACUCUAAAAGGCAGUGCAUAAACUGGCUGAAUUUGACUGAAGCAAAUGCUGGCCAGGCAUGUCUAUCAGCCACCCCAAAGCCAUCCUGAAGCCAUUCUAAAGCAUUCAAAUGGCAGUGCUUUCCAUUGUUAGUGUUGCUCAUUGUUUUAUAUAUGCCUGGGGAUUAUUUUUAUUUCAAAAACAGCCUUAAUCAUUCCACUUUUAUUUACAUGUAUACCUCAUCAACACCCAGUAACUGGGGAGUUGGAUUUUAUUUUGUGAUUUUGUGAGGUUCUUUUGUUGUUGUUGUUUUUUUACUUUGUAUUGAACAUUUUUUUCCUCUUUGCAUUGUACUGAAUUAGCACAUGGGCUGUUGUCGGUAGAAGCAAUAGAGUGCAGAAGGCUAUAAAGAGCACAAUCCAGUGUGGUGAGAGCAGGAGAGCUUGCCUCUGCCAUCCUCCUUCCUACUACUGUGCAAUUCAAGUCCUUCUUAAGCCAUUACAAGUGGGCAUGCUCAGAACAACAGAGGAACUACUUGGAGCAGAAUAUCAUUGAACCUGCUAGUAAAGAGUUCCUUGCGCUGUAACCUGCGAGAGCCGAAAGAAAACCCCGCAAAACAGCUCCUUUUUCUAGGCUGUAAAGAAUUCAGCAAGUGUAUAGUUGCUCUGGUUCCCAUUUGUUUGUGCUGUCCGUUUCCUGCCCGUCUCUCGUCUACGCUGAGCAUGCUCAAGAACAAUUCAUUGGCGUGACCCAUAGGAGCUUCCAUUCACCAUGGGUAACAGCGAAAUGAUUCUCAUGUCUAAUGUUCUAUGCAAUCGAAUAACAAAAUUUUAAAAAGCAACUGUUAAUAUUUAAUAAGUUCAAUGUUAUGUAUAAGGAUUUAAUUGCAAAUGUGCUAUUGAGAAACUGGAUAGAUAUCUUUAUAUCGAACACCUGUGUGUAUGAAGUUUUCAAUUAGUGGCAUGCUUGACCCAUUUGAGGGACACUUUUGCCAAAGGGUAGCCAUAGAGCCGUUGACUGUCUCUGUCUGUUGUAGAGCAUGGCUUGCUACUUCUCUGCACGGUUUCAUCUAUUUAGAAUGCUUGCAGUUCUUUGCUUGAAGUUAAUUUUUUUUCUCCAGUUGGUUCAUCUUCUCUAUUGAAUGCCAUUAGCAGAUUUAUGCACUUGUUAUUGAAGGCCUGUCAGUAACUCUGUGAAGUGUAACACCAGAGUGUAACACCAAAUGUACCCAGCCAUUUACUCUCUCUCCCCUUUGCCACAUCCUUCCCUGCAGUAGCCACUAGACCUAGUAGUCCAUUACUACCAUGGGAGCCUAGGCUUUGUCUAGACCUGAAGCACAUUCUUGCUGGCCAAACAUUAAAUGCAGAUUAUUUGGGAUUGCCACAGACAAGGCAGGUCCUUCAAGAAUGGGGUCCAUGUUGAAGAGGCAGAUUCUCAGUUGCUUUUUAUAUAUGAGUUUACUAACUAUAAAGGGAUGGUUACAUGGAGAUAAAACAAGAAAUCCUUUCUUUCCUGUUACACAUCUAUAUUACUGUAUGUUUGGUUACAUCUUGCUACCUAUUUGCUGUCUCACAUGAUUUCAUUUACCUGGUGUCAUGUCUGCUCAAACAAACAGUUAACUUUAUAUACGUGCUCACCAACGUGUAAGCAAUGACUAUCUGACUGACCAAUAGCUCAUUAAUAGAUCAGGUCAUAAACAGUGACUUCAGCAACUUGUUUACAUACAAACAGUUAACCCUUUUAUAACUGAGUUGUGAUAGACACUUGCAAAAUCCCAACAGUCCACUGACAAACUCUGCAAGGACAACAGCUCUGGUCUCAACUAGUGCCCAGCAAUUAUCCAAUACUCCUUUCCCAGUUUCGGUGCCCAAGGGCCAACAGUGGUGGCUGCUGUUCCAAGUAAUGCAAUAUAAAUGAAUAAAGAACAACUGAACUGCAGCUCAUGGAAUUCGGAUGCUGAGAAUUACAAAUUUUUACAUCGAUUUUAGCUUUUGGUACAAUUCCUCCCACCCACAGUGGCCACCCUCUUAGUGGAACGAUUACAUUAAGAAUUUCUUGCAUGGCUGGACUAAAAGGGAGAGCUCUUUGCAAAAAAAAAAGUGACUGAGUCUGUUCUUUUGUACUGAAAGAGGAGAAAGCGAGAGUUUAAGAGGCUACAUGAUAGGUGACCGGGUACAGAAUAAAGAAAGAAAACCCUAUUUAUUUAGGGUAGUUCUGGGCCACUUUUCCAGGCAAAGGGGCAGACAAUAAGAAUAUUAGAAUUAAAACAAUAAAGUUCCUGUGUAGUUCCUGUGUCCAUAUAGUCUCAGUCUUAAGCAUAUAUCCUCAAUGAGAGGUAGGAAUGCAGUGUGGGAAAGAUCUCACUCUUCACCAAGGGAACCUGGUGACUAAAGGGAACUGCAACAUUCAGAGCCAGGUAAACAUCAGGAGAGAGCCUUGGUGACUAUUCCCUGUUGAGGGUCCUCCUGGGGUACUGGUAGGCCAGGAUACAAGACAGAAUGCUGGACUAGAUGGACCACCUGUCUGAGCCAGCAAGACUCUUCUUAUGACUCGAAGCAGUGAUCUAGAGAAACCCACACCAUGUAUUUCACCAGCAAGACAUUGUUUUAGAAACAGAACACUAAAGUUGAGGCAUUCAUGUUGGGGAUGGAGAUACUGCUGAAUUGGUUGCAUUUCUAACACUCACUUUCACUGGGCAGCCCUUCACCUUUCUGUCUCAUUGGAGCAAAUAUCGGGAAAUGGGAAAGUAGCUUGAGAAAAUGCCUCCUCUUGGGGUUACCAUUGCAGCAGGUGAGAUGAAGAGCAGAUGAGAAUUAAUAUCCCAACAAGACAAAAGCAAAGAGCCAAGGCCUCUACUGGAACUGUGCCCAGAGCGGAAGGCUUUCAUGGCCAGCAUGGGGCAGGGGGGUUCCUGGUAGCUGCUUCAAUUAGGAUAGCAAGAUGGGCCAGGGAGAUUCCCAUUUUCUCUUUCCCCAAACAGGAAGUUUCCAUCGUGAGCUGAGCAAGCUGGUGGAAAGUGGUCCUGCUUACCCACCCUUUCCCAGCUAUACAGGCCUCUUUAGCUAGGAACUCCACAACAAUGACAAGUGCAUAAUCUGAGGAUGCUUCUUCAGGGCUCUAGGUUGAAUUUGUGUCCCUUACAGGUUCUCUCAGCAGUGGCUGCUAAAAUCCCUUCCAUCCCUUCUGUUGUAAAUAUUUGUACAGUGUGUAUAAAAAAGAAAAAAGCACUAUUCAUGUGGUAUGAACAAAAAAAGUCAACUCAUAGGCCCUUUCUGUGGAGCUCCAUCUCAGUGACCAGCACACCUGCCAACUCUUGCUUUUGUGUACAAAAAGAUCAACAAACAACGCCUGGUGUUUGUGGCUGGCUCCUUUGGACUGUUCCUCUUCUUGCGAAGCAUAGCAGAGUCUUGUAGAGUUGUCAUGGCUGUCACAUGACAUGUCCCUUCCACACUCUCCUUACCCCUCUUACCUGUCUCUUCAGUUGUUUCCUUUUCUCUUUUUUAUUUUUUUUUAUUAUUUUGGAGGUGGGAGGGGUUGUGUAUAAAAACAAAAACCCCAUCAAACAAAAGAAGUUUACAGUUGUAAGUGCAAUGACCUAAAAUCCUUUAUCUGAACAUUGUAAAUGAUGUGUGUGUCCUGCUGUGCUCUGUGAGAACUUGUAGUAUUUCAGUGUACCACCUCAUGUAUUGUGACUCCGUAUGGGAAGUUGCCCUACAAGGUAUUUCUGUGGAAAACAGAAUAAAAGGACUUGAUAUGAUUCACAA